AUGAUUAGAGAAGAGACCGAGCAGCAUGGAGGGACUUGGCAAGCUUGUUAUUACCCUGUCUUCAUCCUGCUUUUGUGGUUUGUGACUCUGGGAGAAGCAAGGAGGUCAUUUCUCAGUGUUCUGAAUAAAGACUGAAGAAAUGGUCAUCAGAGAUCAAGUUAAAGAGCUAAGUGGCCAAACUCCAGCUGUCUCUUGUUACAGUUAGAUGAUAAACUGCUGUAAGUGGUGACUGAGACACCUAUUAUCAGAAACCUUAGAACAGGUGAAGAUGGAGAUGCAAAUUUGACCAUACAACUAUGGGAUUCUGAAGGUAGGCAAGAAAGACUCCCUCAAGAAUUAAUGUUAAAGUCAAAGUGCCUAAACAAAGUGAAGAUGGUCUUCAAGGCAUCCAUGCAUAUUGAUUGACAUACCCUAGUGCUUAUUCUACCAUGUGCACUUGCUUGCGGUAUUGAAUUGCAGAUGUUUCAGACUGUAUGGAAGACUCCUUUGCCAGUAAUUCUUGGCAAAUUGGGGCAGUUUCACAAUUUUUUUCUUAGGCCAUUUUGUGGAUUUCUUUGAACACAGACUUUGGUAUUCUAAGAGACACAACAUGCUUUUGGGUUUGUAGUGACCUACACAUGCCCAAGAGGAGUGUGGGGUCUGUUUCUCGUUCUGCUUCUAGAAGAAGAUCUCAUUUUGGCCAUUUUGAUAACUUCAACAUCAUUGGCCCUGAUAAUGAUACUUGCUAGUUCUUAUGUAUGCAGUAGGCUGUUAAGGUUAUCAGGUACAUUUCAUAUUGCUGUUUCUAAAAUUAUAUCCAUACUCCUUUUCAUCAUUCUAACAUCAGUUGGAAUAGUCAUCAAGUGUAGCCUACCUGAAAAAGCAAACUUCCUGGAGAGAAUCAUUAGCUUGAGUCUUCAUUUAAUGUUUGUAGGGAUUUAUUUAACUUUCAGAAUGUUUCUAAAUAAUCUAGAGGAGCUUUCAUUGGGUGUCUUAGUUCCUACUUUGGGUUUGUUGUUUGAGUACAACUUUGCUAAAAUUGUGUUGCCUCUUCUUGUUUGUAAAGUUGUCGCUAUUGAAAGUGGGAUACUAGUUUAUUAGCCUUUGCUAAUAAUUAUUCAAUUCUUCUUACAGUCCAAGGCAGACUUACCUUCUGUGGCUCCUUUUAUAGGAAUGUUACUGAUCCUUCUGCUUUACAAGGCUAAGAAAAGAUGUAUCCUUAUCAUUGAAGAUAAAAGGAAAAAGAAGUCCCCUGGCCUAACAAAGCAUUAGUGAAUUUUCACUCUG